AUGGACCAGUCCACUUUGUCACUGGAUUCGCUCAGCCUUGCAGAAAGAGGCAGUCCGUUUGAGGCUGAACUGGGGGAUGAGUGGGAUACAGACAUGGAAACUGAAGCAGAGCUAAAGUCCAGCAGAAAGGACAUGUCCACAGCAGAGCUGUAUCUGCAGGCCUGUAAGCUGGUGGGGGUUGUUCCUGUCAGCUACUUCCUGAGAAACCUCGGCUGCACCACCAUCAACCUCAACCACCAUGGUCUCGGCCCUUUAGGAGGAAAAGCAAUGGCCAUAGCCCUUGUGACUGACAUGCACACUACUACACUGGAACUGGCUGACAAUUCUUUGUUGGCAGAGGGAGCAAGAUGUAUCGUGGAAAUGCUGAGGGCCAAUUUCACUAUUCAAAAUUUGGAUCUCUCCAACAACCACCUCCAAUCUGCUGGAGCAGAAUGUGUUGCAAAAAUGCUGCUGGACAAUGUUUCUAUCAAAUCAAUCAAACUUUCAGGAAAUGGAUUUGCUGAGCAUGAUGCCAGAUGGUUUGCAGAGGCCUUUUCAAGUAACUACAGAGUGAAGGAGUUAGACCUGAGUCACAAUCAGUUCGGUGUAAGAGGUGGGGAAUAUUUGGGCCAAAUGCUAGCUAAUAAUGAGGGCAUUGAGCUCCUUGACUUAAGCUGGAAUCACCUCCGAAUGAAGGGUGCGGUGGCUUUCUGCGCUGGUCUUAAAGUCAAUGUGACUUUGAAACAUUUGGACCUCUCCUGGAACGGUUUUGGUAAUGAGGGAGCACUGGCUUUGGGUGAGGCCCUCAAAUUCAACAACACCUUAGUGUACCUGGACCUCAGUAACAACCGCAUCACUAAUGAAGGUGUAGGCAUGCUCUGCAGGGGACUUGAGGCGAAUGACACACUCCGAUCACUGAAGUUGGCCUAUAACUCCUUGACAGUGGAAGGGGCCCUGGCCUUGAUCAGUGUUGUAAGAAACACUCCCAAAACUGCCAUUGAGGAGAUCAACAUAUGUAAUGUGCUGGUGAAUGAAAACUUUGUGCAGCUGCUGGAGUUAACAUGUCAGGAACACCCCAGUCUAGAGGUGCAGUAUGGUGGGGUCGGGGGCUUUAUUGCUAAAAAACCUCCAAAACGGCCCGACCCAAUGAAAGUCAUUCAGGACUACCUUGAUGAGCGCAAGCUGCGCCUCUGGGAUUUCUUCCGGAAUAUCGACAAGGAUGGCACAAUGCAUGUUCCUGUCUCAGAGUUCAGGAAGGCUGUACAGCAAUCAAGCAUCCCUCUGGACCGUUUCCAGAUCGAAGAGCUCAUUCAAAGACUGGACCGGGAAAGAACAGGCAGUGUAGACUAUAGAGGCUUGGCUGACACAAGGAAGCAGAUGAUGCGGGACCACCGGCGGCAGCUACGGAAAGUGGAGUCCCGUCAGAAGAAAGAGAAGCAGAAGAGCGAUCGCAUCCUCAAAACCUUCCAAACGGCCGUGGAGGCGGUCACUCCACGCAGCUCCAUGGUCAUGUCCCCAGGCGGAGCUAAAGAAGACUCCAGCGGCCCACAGCCCUUCUCAGCCACGCCCCUCAGCUCCUGGCACCACAUCAUGAUGUCCAACAGCAGCCGCUACUCUGUCACUAACCUGAGCAGUGAGCACAUCCACCUCCCCAUGAUAGGAGGCACAGCGUCCUCCAGGCCAACAAGUUCGCCGGCCAUGCGCUCCUACUCCCAGCCCAACCUGAUGGACAGCGGUCCUCUGCCAUUUCUGACCAAACCUGCAUCUGCCCAAGGAAUUCACUCCAUCUCCAACCCAAACAAGAACACCAGCAAGCUGAGUCCCACUGGCAACCACCUGACCACUUCGAGGCCAGCGCUAAACACCAAACAGCUGGCCACAAAAGUGUCCAAGUGGAAGAAAAAGAAAACUAAAACACAAGCAGAUAAAACUUCCAAGAAUCAAAAUGUCAAAAAAAAGAAACAAUAA